AUGGCAUCUGAUAUUGAAAUAGAGUUAAAUGAAACUCAGUUGAGAGUUAGUUCUGUUCUUAAUAAAGACAAUAAGAAUUAUGGAAAGAAAAAUUUAAUUGAUGGUAAUGAGGAAACAUGUUGGAAUUCAGAAGCAGGUUCUCCACAAUGGAUACAGAUUACUCCUAUGAAAUGUAUUACAUUGAAUAGUAUUGCUAUUAAGUUUCAAGGAGGUUUUGCAGCAAAACGAUUUGUUAUUGAAGAUCGACAACAAGAUGGAACAUUUACAUCAAUUGCUGAAUUUUAUCCUGAUAAUCAUGGCAAAUUACAAAUAUCCUUUUUUUAUUUGUUCUAUCUGAUAUUCUUAUAUGUAAACGUCUUUCGUCUACCAACAGCACAUGUCAUCGAUCAAGUUCCAUUUCGUUUAACAUUUUAUGAUAGUUAUGACACAUUUGGAAGAAUUAUUAUUUAUGUUUUAAAAAUUUAUGAGAAUAAAUAA